ACAUUUAGAAGUUCAUCACCAACAGGGUAUAAACUAAAGAGUGUCAACUUUCGAAUAUUUUCAUAAUUUCCCAACCCCAAUAUUUGAUAUAGCCAAAAAAAAAAUCCAUAAAGUUGACAACACUGCCAGAGGAAUUUUGACCAACUUUUGCUAUUGGUCAAAAGAUGACAUUUUUGUUAUUUAAAAAAUAUCUAAAAAUAGGAAUUUUCAUAAAUGCACCCCAAGACGGAUCGAAUGAGACCAAAACGGUCCAAAUUGGUUCAGCAAGUGCCGAGAUAAUCCAGUGCAAUUUUUUUAUCAACAUCCCACCACACACACAGACAUUUGUUCAGAAUUUGAUUCUGAGUCGAUAUGUAUACAUGAAGGUGGGUAUAGGAGGUCAAAUUAGGAAUUUCGUUUUUCGAGUGAUUUUAUAGCCUUUCCUCAGUAAGGUGAGGAAGGCAAAAAUGCAGUAUUUUGUUAAAAGAAUCCACUUUCAAUAGUGAAAUAGCAGGAAAAUGGCCUCAACAAGGUCCUAAAAUAUUAGGAUCGAAAGAAAAGUUGCAUUUUGCAUCUUAUUGACAAAUUACCACAAAAGUGUUCCGAGUUUGGGGGUGUUCAGAAUAUGUGGGAUGACUGUACAGUCGAGCAAACCUUAUCUUACGAUUCUCUUUCAAAUAGCGCUUUCAUCAGCAAAACAAUAACGUCCACCACUAAGCAGCACUCGAAGAAAGUGUUUCGGAAUUGUAGUUGCAUUGAGCCGGCAGAGAGCUUCGCACGAUCAACAGGGGAUUUUUGAUUUGUCGAUGGCUGACGUUUACAGAGAAUUCAACUGUGCGGUGUGCCACGAGAAGGACAUAAAAUGGAGCCAUUUCGUGUGUUUGGUAUGUCCCGAGUAUUAUUUGUGUUGCAAGUGCCACGAGGAGAAGCACUACAGCAAACCCCAUCGGCCAUAUCAUCCGAUGCAGCCAGUGUUGAGCCAGCAAGAUUUCUUCAAAUACGUGAACAGUGUAGUCCCACCGGAGGAUGACAUUCGCCUAUGCUGCCCCUAUUGCGGGAUUUGGAUACUGACCGAGGCUAAACUUUUACAACACUGUCAGAUCAAACAUGACGGAGAUGACGAUCGUGUUCGGUGUCCCGUUUGUGUGACGUUUUGCAUUUUGGAGCAGAGUUUAACGUUUGCAAUGUUCAUCGAUCACCUGAAAAAAGGUCAUUGUGAACGAGGACGAUUUAUGUUCUGCAACACGUGUAGGAAAACACCUAUUUUGGAACCCCACCAUUCCUGCCUAAUAUGCAAUGACUACGAUUUGUGCGAAAAUUGUCACAAGGCAAAGAAACACAAUCAAACUCAUAUGCCGUAUCAUCCUAUGCAACCAGUUCUUCCUAAAAAGUUGUACGCAGUUCAAAAAACUUCAUCGUUGAAUAUCUAUCGAUGCCCUUUCUGCGGAGAAAACGAGUUCAAUGCCCAAGGACUAUCGGAUCACUGCCGAGAGCUGCACGUCGAGAGUCAAGAAAUUCGCGUUCGCUGUCCAAUAUGCAGUGUGAAUCGGUCGCCGUUCAAGAAAUAUUACUUGCUGAAGGAUUCGCUACUGGAUCAUCUGAAGAAUUAUCACGGGAUCCUGCCCAAAGACGUCCAGUGCAAUGGCUGCGACCGGGCCACCAUCCAGGGCCUCCGGUACGCGUGCCUGGUGUGCGAAGACUACGACGAGUGUGACCAGUGUCGACAGGACAAACGCACCAGCCGGAAGCACCGCCCGUACCACCCGGUCCAACCGAUCCUGCCCCCAGCGGAGAUGGCCCGCAGCAUGGAGUGUGUCCGCUCGCCGCAGACCGAAAUCCGGAUCUACUGCUGUCCGCACUGCGGAGACACGGACUUUAACGUGCGUGACCUGACGGAACACUGCCAGCAGUACCACGCCGACGGUGGCCGCGGCCACAAGGUGCGCUGUCCGAUCUGCGUGACGUUCCGGGUGCCCUACCGGCGGAAGUUCCGGCUCGAGGAUUGCACCCUGCUGCGCCACCUGCUCGAGGACCAUCGGGACGUGGAAAGUGCCGUUCAAGCAUCCCACGAGGGUGACUGUGCCAUCUGCAUGGACGAUGUUACGCUAAGUGCCAGCCGGAAGUUUCUACCCUGUGGGCACGCGUUCCACGGGCACUGCAUUGGCCGUUGGCUGAGGAGCAACAACAGCUGUCCGGUGUGUCGGGCGGAGGUUAGCAGGUUCUUUAUGAUGUAAAGAAAUAAAUGGUGGAAUCACCCUCCUUUUUUCUACAGAAUGUCUAGCCAGUGUGCUACGUUUACUCUUUACUUCUACAUUGAGAAAUAUCAUGCUUCAAGUAAACCGCACUGAAACGCGUUUGUACGAGCAAACCAGGCCGUAAUUACUUCCGACGAAUCCGGUCCCGUACGUUACACUUUGAGGGUUGCAGACAAAUGGGGGACAUGAAUUACAUUGUAGUAUACUUACAGGGAAAAAUAGCCUGAGGCGAUCCAAUGUUUAUUGCUAAAAUUUGAUCCAAAUGAUUAUUCUUGAUUUUCCCAUUCACAAAAAGACAGGUUUUUGCAGUACAGCUUAAUGAAAAUAUUAUGACCAAUUAUGAAAUAGGUAGGUAACUUUAAAAAGGUUAAAACACUCUAUUUGAAACAAUAUUCUUAAAAAUUUGUGUUAGUUAAGCCAAAAAAAAAAACAUUCUUAAAAUGUUGAGAAUAUUCUCUACUAUAAGGUAUAAGGUACUCUUCUUCGCAAUUCGCAAUUUUCAGUGUAAGAACGGGUCUUGACCGAUCUUAUGCACUAGGUUCCCGACGAACACGCACUGCCCUUACACCUACAUCUCACCCUUGCUCUGAGUCAGUACGAGCAGCACGCUAGAACACGCUUUGAGUGUUCGUGCCAGGCAUGCACACCUUCUUUUCCGGUUACGCAUUUUAACUCGGCCGGGGGUGGUACAUUAAGUAGGGUUUGAUGUAAGUAGGUAUAAGCGCUAACCAUUUAUAGUGUGCCUAUCAACUUUCAUUGAAGCAAAAACUGUUUUAUUUUUAGUUUGAAUUCAAAAAUUUAUUGUUAUUUACUGUGUAUUGUUUUCUCCAGAAAUCUUCCCUAUUGUUGAGUCUGUUUAUCUGUUGCUAUUUCUUUUGUCGCGGUGUUUUGUUACAAUUUUUGGUCCUAAGCAUGUUAUAAAAGUUUACCAAAAAUACAAUAGUAAUAUUUGUGUUAAUCCUUUAACCAUUCCAUAAAUUGAGUAAGGGCUCAAACCUCACUUGUUUGAAAAAAAGGGUGAAGAUUGAAAACAAUUGACAGUAAAAGAGAAUUUAUUUUAUAAAAAUCAAGUAUCAAUAGUAAGAGAAUGAUGAGCGUAUUUUGAAGAAUAAAAAUGAGAAGCUAGAUGUAUUAGAUGUAAAAUUAGACAAUAGUUAAUAAAUAGAGAUACAAAACAAGCUUAGAUUAUAGUAAUGAUAAUUUAUAGGACAGAUAAAGAAUUAUUCAAAUAAAUAAAUUCGCAAUAAAAUCAAAAAAGAUUAGGCGAAUGAUAAAUAGACUUGAUAUUACUAGUACAUUAAGGAAAAGUAUAUUUUUAAGGAAAAAAAAAAACAAAACAAAGUUUGUUA